AUGGUGAGACGAAGUCGACUUUUUGGUGAUUUUGAAGAUGAUGAAGGUGUUGGAGGUUCCAGCCACCCGGUACUGAAGAGAUAUCGUCGAGAUUUCCCUUCCAUGACCUCCUGGGAAGGACAAAGAGAGGAGAGUGAGCAUGAUGGAUCAGAAGAAGAAUAUCAAGAAGAUGAGGAAGAACUAGAAUAUCAAGAAGAUGAGGAAGAACAAGAAUUUAUCGCAGAUAAUGGUUAUGAUGAAGAUGUCUAUAUCGAAGAUGAAGAGGAAGAGCCAAAUUAUGAACCCAUCGGUGAUGAGCCUAUUAAUGUCACCUUAAACGACCCAGGAGUUUUUGACUGCCCAAUUUGUUUUGAACCCUUAACCAUCCCAGUGUUCCAGUGUGAAAAUAAUGGGCACAUAGCUUGCUACUACUGCAGCUCCAAAAUACACAAAUGUCCAUCAUGUUCUAGCCCCUUUGGCUCUAGUCGUUGUCGGGUCAUUGAGAAGGUCCUGGAAUCAAGUACGACUUCAUGUCGAAAUAGCAAGUAUGGCUGCAAACAAACCAUGACUUAUGACAAGAAAAGAGAACAUGAAAAGGCAUGCAUGCAUUUGCCUUGUUCAUGCCCCCAUUCUGGCUGCGACUUUGUCGCUUCGUCUAGGAACUUAUACAAGCACUUUGACACUAAUCAUGUCAGUUCUGCGACCAAAUUCAGGUACUACCGUGAUUUUUCCAUUACAUUGAAAAAGAAUGAAAGGUUUACUGUUCUUCAAGAAAGAAAUGAAGGCACAAUGUUUAUCCUCAAGAAUCGCGUCAUCGAAGGUGUAGGGAAUGCGGUGAGGCUUAAUUGUCUUCAACCUAGCUUCAUGAAGGAGUCUUACUAUAAACUUGGUAUUAAGACCAACGGAAAUGUUCUCAGAUUACAGUCUUACACUAAGAGCAGUCCAUGCCAAGUUUAUGAUGGCCCUCCUUCUGCGAUGGCUACUUUCCUCUUAAUCCCACUCGAUUUUUUCGGAUCAAGUGAUGAGCUGUCCAUCAAUCUCUUUAUAUGGCCUAAGGGAGUAAAACCUCCAAUUGAUUAA